UUGAGGAGCUCAGGUUAGGGAUGUCCUCUUGCAACAGUUCCGUUCCUCAGCCCUCGAUGUUUACUCUGGCUGGAAUUCCUGGCCUUGAAUCUUUCCAUGGCUUGUACUCUGUGCCUUUUUUCUUGGUAUUUCUCAUUACAGUCAUUGGCAAUGUCACCAUCUUAUGUAUCAUCCGGAUAGAGAAGAGUCUUCAUGAGCCCAUGUUUCUCCUCCUGGCCAUGCUGUCAAUUGUUGACCUGUGUCUUGUCAGUGUCACAGUGCCCCGUAUGCUGGCUACCUUCUGGAUGAAGGCCAAGGAAAUCAGUUUCAGUGCCUGCCUCACACAGAUGUUUUUCAUUCCUUCAUUUUAUGUCAUGGAAUCUGGGAUUCUCCUGGCCAUGGCUUUUGACAGAUUUGUGGCUAUCUGGUACCCUCUAAGAUAUACAACCAUCCUUGCUAACAACAUGCUUGUGAAGAUGGCACUGGCUAUCCUGGCAAGAGCAGUGGCAGUGCUGACCCCAGCCCCAGUUCUGACGAAAAGAUUGCAAAGCUUCCAAACCCCCAUAAUUCCUUACUCCUACUGUGCAUACGUGGCUGUGGUACUGAUAGCCUGUGAAGACAUCUCUGACCACAUUGUCUAUGGACUCAUGGUUAUUGUGGCAUCUGUGGGAUUUGACCUAUUUUUUGUCAUUCUGUCAUAUGGACUUAUCCUUCAUGCUGUCUUUCGGAUACCGUCUUGGGAUGCACGGGGCAAAGCUCUCAGCACGUGUGGCUCUCAUCUUUGUGUCAUUGGUCUUUUUUAUUGUCCGGUUGUCUUCUCUGUUCUGGCCCAGAUUUUAGGCUACCAUAUGGCUCCCUAUAUGCAGAUCAUCAUUGACAAUCUCUACUUCCUUAUUCCUCCCAUGGUUAACCCCUUAAUUUAUGGGGCCAGGACCAAACAAAUGCAGGAGUGGGUACUGCGGAUAUUUCACUGUUAUAGAGGCUAAAGUUUAUACCAUUGGUGGACAGGAUACCUGGAGAUGUUAAGCUGGAAGUUAGGUUGGAGGUAGAGUUAAUUCCUGCCAGGUUUGUGGGUUCAUAGGAAAGGAAUAACUAAAGCAGGGGAAACACUUAGCUAGCAUGAUUAUAUAGCUGGGACAUGGUCUUUCAAUCAGGAUGCAGUUAUAAAACCUUCAUAGCCAGAACUCUACCCAGACACUUAUGCGAGUAAUAAAAUAGGAGAAUAUUUUAUUGAUACUUACCUAAUUACAACACAUCAAAAACAGAUUUCAAAUGAGGUUAAAAUGCAAUUUAGGCACAUACUCUCAUGAUGUAUGGGCAAAAAUAACUAUACAAAGAUUUAUACUUCUUUUUUUUUCUCUUCUGUAUUUAGGUUUUAGCCAUUUUGCCAACACAAAAUAACAUAUGAUGAAAAAUUACCCUAAC